AUGUCUACCAUCCCUCAGGGCCCCGUUGAGGCACGAUCACUGUCGUCGGUUACCACUAUCGCAUCAAAUCCCCCCGCCUAUCCGCGCAAUCCUACCCACGAGAAGCACGAACCACUCUCUCUGUACAUUGUGCGUGUGCCAGGAAGCAAAGACAUCUUUCUCUCGCCUCUCAAACCACCGACUAAGUCUAGUGUCUCUGCUGAGGCGAUCAACGCCUCUCUUUACUAUCUCCAUGUCGCGACUCCCGACGAUGAUACCCUGCUCCAGGAAGUAGAAGAAGAGCGCGCAGAGGAGGCCCAAUUGCGAAAGGAACGCCUUGAGAAAGCGGGCGGCGAUAGCCCUGUACAACACGAGUUCGCGCGGCUGAACAAUGUGCGCCGGAAACCAGUUGGUGGAGGAGGUGAUCCCAACCCCGAGCGCUCGCCAACAACGCCUCAGCAAGAUGCCACUGCCUUGCCAUCACGUCCGAUCCCUGUGUUGCAGGAUAAACCUGCCUCUCCUGCCUUGCCACCACGUCCGGCCUUUAUGCCGCAUGCUGCUGCUUCGCCGACCUUACCACCACGGCCAAUCUCUAUGCCACAUGCCGCUGCUUCUCCCACCUUGCCUCCACGGCCAAUCCCCAUGCCGCAGGUUACUGCGGAAAAUGUAUCUUUCUCUGGAACUCCAGUGGCUAAUAUACAUAUGUCUGGAGGUGUAUCAGGAGAGUCUGGUGGUAAGAGCGGUAUUCGGUGGCGACCUUUACCUUCCUUGCCGCCUGGUGAAGAGUCAUGGGCCAAUUCUCCAGCAGGCGAGGACCCGUCUAAGAGGACAUCCCGAUGGAGCGCGUUUGCCGAACAAUUGCAGAGUCGAGGAGAGAACUGGAAGGAAAAGUAUGAGGCAAAGUACGAGGCGCUGUCGGCUGGCCGUCAUAGCCUUGACUCUACUAGACCACAAUUGCGGCCGCGUUCCUCGCAUAACCGUCCCGGAUCACCAUUAGGAAGUCCGGGACAAUCUCCCAACCGCCAUAGAAACUCAAAUGGAAACCCUCCUAGCAAUGCUGGCUUUCAUAUCACGCUCAUCCGACGCGAUCCCACGUCCGGUACACAAUGGAAUGUGGCAACUAUAUCAACCCCACGAAUGGACCGCAAUACCGUCGAUAUCGAGAUCUCCACGCCGGGGUAUAACAGGUUCGCAGGCUCCAAUGAGUUGCCUUCAUUAUCCAACCUAGCGGUCAAUAUUCCGACAGGGAUUGGACGCCUACCCAACUCUGCCAUUCCUCAAACCUUAGCCACCGAGCAGUCAAAGGAGCAGUCAACCGGCCCACGAAAAUUCCGCCGCCAGCUCUGCGUAUCGAAGCCAUUCGACGACUCCGCUGCCACGGAUCUCAGCAACGGCCUUAACCAAGAUGGUCCAUCCUCCAAGCUAAAAAGCGGCUACUACGUCUUCACGUCUCCUUGGAAUGGCACAUGUACCUUCACAACCAGCGUGAACGGCCGAAGCCUCAAGUGCAAACACAUGAUCCCAACACCCGGCGGCUUCAUCCCUACAAACGGUGAAACAGAAGCACCCCCCGCCGUAACUGUCGCCGAGCUCCGCUUCAACACCCCCUUCCAAGCAGCAAACCUCCACUCGCACGCCCACCACGCAGUCCACAAACCGCACCCGAACCACAUUUCCCCCUUCACCCAAAGCCAACUUCAAACCCCGACCAUCCCCCGGGCAAACGACUACCCAAACGACAACAACUCCUACGAAGAAUCCCUCCAUCCAUCCAUCUCCAACAACAGCCACGCAGCCGCAAAGCGCAAUCCUCUCACCCAACUUCUCAACCCAAACACCUACACCCGGCCGCGCGCACACUCAGGCCCAGGCCCAAAUAUCCCACCUCUCCCGGCCUCGCCCCCAGCAGACUCACGUCCAAAUUUCAGCCCUUCAACCAUCCUCCGCAGAACCUCCAUGCAUGCGCACCGCUUCGCGCGCCAUAGUCAGCAUCAUUCUACUUCUCAGUCGCAUUCGCACCGCAGUACGAGUAAUAGCAGUGGCGGGGAUUUAGAUCACGAGUCUGAUGAGGAUCGCUUGGACUUUUCGCUUGCGAGGGAGCCUGCUGGUGGUGGGUUAAGGGGGAAGAGUGCCAAACUGGGGAAGUUGGUUAUUGAGGAUGAGGGCAUUAAAAUGCUGGAUUUGGUUGUUGCGGCUUGUAUGGCUGUUUGGUGGCGGGGGUAUUAUUAUUGA